AUGGAGGAUUUAGAGAAGCGGUUUGGUAGCCAUCUACGAUUGUCAGCACGUGAACGAGGGGGGAUUCGGAUUGAGGCAGGGGAUGGAAUCAAUCUUAUGCGGGGGUCACGGUUCUCCUUGGUGGCAAGGGUUCUGACUUCUAAGGCUGUAUUCUCGGAUGGGUUUGUGGGGAAGUUUCUGAUAAGAUUUGCUAGUAGACGGGACAUGCUUCGUGUUUUGGAUAUGGAGCCCUGGUCUUACAAGGAACAUCUCGUACUCCUAUCUGAAAUCCAGCUUGGGAAGGAGGUGCGGGAGGUGGAGGCAUCCAUGGCUUCCUUCUGGGUGCAGAUGCAUGGAGUUCCGCUGCUAAAUAUGACCAUGGUGGUGGCCAGAAAAAUAAGUUCGGUGUUGGGGCAGGUGCUGGAAGUUGACCAUACAGAGGGGGAAGAAUGUAUAGGGCGGUUCUUACGCGUUCGUAUUCGUUUGGAUGUACGGCAAUCGCUUAUGCGUGGUUCUUUUGUUGAGUUUCCUGAAGAGGGUGCCACUUGGGAUCAGAUGAUGGCUUUUGCAGGAUUGGAGGCAAGUGAGGACUUGGGCGGACGAAGACUUCGGCAACAUGGACGGAAGGAGUCGUCUGAUUCCAGUCCAUGGGUCUCAGGGGACAGUACUGAUGGGAAUAUGCGUCGGCGCAAGUCUUAUUUUACAGGGAAUAUGAGGGAAGGUUCGGGGGGAAGCAAAGCUGACUAUAGUGAUUGGCGGAUAAGACGAGGGCAUACACGGGGGGGUUAUGCUGAGGACUCUAAUCUAGCUGGGAGAAUUCGUGCAACAAGGGAGGCAGAAGAACGGAAUAGGCAGAUACGGGAGGCGGCAUGGGAGGCUGGAAUUUUGGGGCCACAUGGCAACAUUGAGGUCUCGCCCGCGAACUCAAUUGAGCCUCAUCUUCCUCAUGGAGGUGUUCAAACUUCUGUCGACAGUGGGAUCGCUAUUGAUUUGAAUGCGGUGGCCUGGGUAGAGGAAAGGACCACAAUGCAAGGAACAAUACACGAGGCCUUAAGUAACCGGGUUGAUGUCGGAGGGAAUUUGGGGGGUCAAUCUGAGGCGCUGAUGUACGGGUCUGAUUCUUUUAAUCUAGGGCUACUUAUAUUUGGGCAACCUGUUAAUUCUAACACAGGUGGUGUAGGCUCUAGGAGCAAAAGGGGGAGAGAGGAAAAUGAGAAUGGCAGUAUGGAUAAAAGGAGGUGUGCUAGUAUUCGGUUGGUGUCAGCUUGUGGAGGGAUAGGCAGUAUGGGAUCUCGAAGGGAGAUAACUUUUGACGAUACUCUAAUUCAAGAAGCGGAGACCGGACUCGAGUCUCGGCGAGCAUUAUGA